AUGUCACGACCAGGCCCGGGGGUGAUGAUGCCCGUGAACGGGCUGGGCUUCCCACCGCAGAACGUGGCCCGGGUGGUGGUGUGGGAGUGGCUGAAUGAGCACAGCCGCUGGCGGCCCUACACAGCCACCGUGUGCCACCACAUCGAGAACGUGCUCAAGGAGGAUGCCCGUGGUUCUGUGGUCCUGGGGCAAGUGGACGCCCAGCUGGUGCCCUACAUCAUCGACCUGCAGUCCAUGCACCAGUUUCGCCAGGACACAGGCACCAUGCGGCCGGUGCGGCGCAACUUCUACGACCCGUCGUCGGCGCCGGGCAAGGGCAUCGUGUGGGAGUGGGAGAACGACGGCGGCGCGUGGACGGCCUACGACAUGGACAUCUGCAUCACCAUCCAGAACGCCUACGAGAAGCAGCACCCGUGGCUCGACCUCUCGUCGCUCGGCUUCUGCUACCUCAUCUACUUCAACAGCAUGUCGCAGAUGAACCGCCAGACGCGCCGGCGCCGCCGCUUGCGCCGCCGCCUGGACCUCGCCUACCCGCUCACCGUCGGCUCCAUCCCCAAGUCGCAGUCGUGGCCCGUGGGCGCCAGCUCGGGCCAGCCCUGCUCGUGCCAGCAGUGCCUGCUGGUCAACAGCACGCGCGCCGCUUCCAACGCCAUCUUGGCUUCGCAGCGCCGCAAGGCGCCCCCCGCGCCCCCGCCGCCCCAGCCGCCGCCCGGAGGACCAGCGGGCACGCUCGCCGUGCGCCCCAGCGCCACCUUCGCAGGCGCCGCGCUCUGGGCCGCGCCCGCCGCCGGCCCCGCCGAGCCCGCGCAGCCCCCCGGCGCGUCCCCGCGGAGCCCGAGCGCCCCCAGCGGCGCGCCCACCCCGGGGCAGAACAACCUCAACCGGCCCGGGCCCCAGCGCGCCACCAGCGUGAGCGCACGCGCCUCCAUCCCGCCGGGGGUCCCUGCGCUCCCGGUGAAGAACUUGAAUGGUACGGGGCCAGUCCACCCGGCCCUGGCAGGGAUGACGGGGAUCCUGCUCUGCGCUGCGGGGCUGCCCGUGUGCCUGACGCGGGCCCCCAAGCCCAUCCUGCACCCACCGCCCGUGAGCAAGAGCGACGUCAAGCCCGUGCCCGGCGUGCCCGGGGUGUGCCGCAAGACCAAGAAGAAGCACCUCAAGAAGAGUAAGAACCCUGAGGAUGUGGUUCGAAGGUACAUGCAGAAGGUGAAGAACCCACCUGAUGAGGACUGUACCAUCUGCAUGGAGCGGCUGGUCACGGCCUCCGGCUACGAGGGCGUGCUUCGGCACAAGGGUGUGCGACCUGAGCUCGUGGGCCGCCUGGGCCGCUGUGGCCACAUGUACCACCUGCUGUGCCUCGUGGCCAUGUACUCCAAUGGCAACAAGGAUGGCAGCCUGCAGUGCCCCACCUGCAAGGCCAUCUACGGGGAGAAGACGGGCACUCAGCCACCCGGGAAGAUGGAGUUUCACCUCAUCCCCCACUCGCUGCCCGGCUUCGCUGACACCCAGACCAUCCGCAUCGUCUACGACAUCCCCACAGGCAUCCAGGGCCCCGAGCACCCCAACCCAGGCAAGAAGUUCACUGCAAGAGGCUUCCCACGCCACUGCUAUCUGCCCAACAACGAGAAGGGCCGGAAGGUGCUGAGGCUGCUCAUCACCGCCUGGGAGCGGAGACUUAUCUUCACCAUCGGCACAUCCAACACCACGGGCGAGUCGGACACCGUGGUGUGGAACGAGAUCCACCACAAGACCGAGUUUGGAUCCAACCUCACGGGCCACGGCUACCCGGACGCUAGCUACCUAGACAACGUGCUGGCAGAGCUCACAGCCCAGGGUGUGUCCGAGGCUGUGGCCAAGGCCUGA